CUUGGGGUUGGGGCUUAAGGGUAGUAGGGUUAAGCGGGAUAGGGAGCCUAUUGGUUGAGAGUUGGGUCUUGGAAUAUAGGAACUCUUCAAGGUAAGUCCAUGGAACUCGUGAAGAUUCUUAGGAAGAGAAGGACUAGUACAACUUGUGUCUAGGAGACCAAAUGGAUAGGCUCUAAGGCGAAGGAUGUGGACGGGUAUAAGUUGGAUACUCUGGUAGCGUGAGGCAUAGGAAUGGGGUAGGUAUGGGUUCAAUUUUGAGGAAAAGAAUGAAGGAGGAGCCUCACUUUUAGAUUUUGCUAUUUUGGUUUGAUGGUAGCAAAUUCGAGGUUCUCGAAGAAGGAGGAGCACCUUAUUAUCUUUUGUAGUUUGGUGGCCAAGACGCAGAUAGAUUUGCUCCUUAGGAAGGAUGAUAGAGUGCUAUGUAAAGACUGUAAGGUCAUACUUAGUGAGAAUCUUUCUACCCAACGUAAGCUUCUAGUGAUGGACGUAGAAAUCAAGAAGGACAAAAAGAAGUGGGUUGUGGAGGAUUAAGUGUGAUCAAUGCUUUGGAUACAGGGGAGAAGUUGACAACUAAGGGGGUUUGGGAGAGUAGAGAGAAUGUGGAUAGUAUAUGGGAGGCGACUGUCGGUUGCAUCUGGGAAACAGCUAGAGAGGUGUUGGGUGUCUUGAGAGGCCAAUCGGGUAAGCACCAGUGGGAUUGGUGGUGGAACGUUGAAGUUAAGAGGAAGGUAGAGACUAAGAAAGUGGCUUAUGCGAAGUUGGUGGAGAGCAAAGAUGACGAGGACAAGCGGACAAAUACGGAAGAGUAUAAGUUAACUAGAAAAUAGGCUAAGUUAAUGGUUACUGUGGCUAAGUAGCAACUUUUAAGAGCUUGUAUGCAACUUUAGAGGAGAAAGGUGGGGAUAAGAUGUUAUAUAGGCUGGCCAAGGCUAGACAGCGAAGGGCCCGUGACUUUGACAAAGUAAAGUGCAUCAAGGGUGAGGAUGGCAAAGUGUUGGUGGAUGACACUCUCAUUAGGAGGGGAUUCCAGUCUUACUUUCAUAGAUUUUUGAAUGACGAGGGGGACGAAGGUUUAGUGCUGGGGGACUUAGACCACUCAAAGAGGUGUAACGAUUACGGUUAUUGUAGGUGUGCUAAGGUUGAGGAGGUCAAAGAUGCUAUUUGUAGGAUGCGUAAGGGUAGGGCGACUGGGCCAAAUGAGAUUCCGAUGGAUUUUUGGAAGAGCACUAGCGGGGCAGGUAUGGAGUGGCUGGCAAAGUUGUUUAAUAUCAUUUUUAGGACGGCGACAAUGCUAGAAGAUUAGAGAUGGAGUAUGAUGAUUUCUUUAUAUAAGAACAAGGGGGACAUUCAGAGUUGCAACAACUAUAGGGGUAUCAAGUUGUUGAGUCAUACUAUGAAAGUUUGGAAAGAGUGGUAGAGUUAAGGCUGAGGAGGAUCAUGAUGAUUUUCGAGAAUCAGUUUGGUUUCAUGCCAGGUUGCUUGACAACCGAAGCCAUCCAUCUUGUGAGGGGAUUAGUGGAGCAGUAUAGGAAAAGGAAGGACUUGCACAUGGUGUUCAUCGAUCUGUAUGAUAAAUUCCCAAGGGAGGUUUUGUGGAGGUGCUUGGACGUUAGAGGUAUGCCUGUGGCAUACACUAGGUCGAUUCAGGACAUGUACAACGGAGCGAAGACUCGUGUGAGGACGGUAAGAGGAAAUUCAAAGCACUUUCUUGGUUUGACUGGGUUGCACUAGGGGUCGACUCUUAGUUCGUUUUUAUUCGUCUUGGUGAUGGAUGUAUUGACGCGAUAUAUUCAAGGGGGGUGCGUUGGUGUAUGAUAUUUGAUGAUGAUGUAGUUCUUAUUGAUGAGACCGAGGGAGGAGUUAAUGAUAAGUUGGAGGUUUGAAGACAUACCCUAGAGUCUAAAGGGUUUAGGUUGAGCACGACCAAGACGGAGUACUUGAAGUAGAAGUUGAGUGAUUUGACGCAUAAGGUUGACGUGCUAGGGAAGCUGGAUUCUCAGGCCAUUCGGAAGAGAGAUAAUUUCAAGUAUCUUGGGUGUAUGAUUCAGGGAAAUGGAGAGAUUGAUGAGAAUGUCAUGCACCGUAUCGGUGAAGGGUGGUUGAAAUGGAGGCUCGCUUCGAGAGUCUUGUGUGAUAAGAAGAUGUCUCCUAUGCUUAAAGGUAAGUUCUACAGAGUGGCAACUCGACCGACUAUGUUGUAUGGAGCGGAAUAUUGGUCAGUUAAGAACUCUCACAUCCAAAAGUUGAAGGUAGCGGAGAUGAGGAUGUUGAGAUGAAUGUGUGGACUUACUAGAAGAGAUAGGAUUAGAAAUGAGAUUAUUCGAGAGAAGGUGGGAUUGACUUCGGUGGAAGACACGAUGCGGAAAGUGAAGUUGAGAUGGUUUGGGCAAGUGAUGAGUCGGUGCACGGAUGCUCAGAAGCUUACUAUGGAUGGUUUCAAAUAGGGAAGAAGUAGGCCGGAGAAAUAUUAAAGGGAAGUAAUUAGGCAUGACAUGAAGCAGGCACAACUUACAGAGGACAUGACCCUUGAUAGGAAGGUGUGGAGUACGCGAAUUAGGGCAAAGGGUUAGUAGGUAGGAGGUAUUCUUACUGGUAGGGAGUAGUGCUUUAUUUAUCGAUAUACCUGUAGUCAUAGUGUUAUGCAUGUGUCUUGUAGUUUCUUAUUCGUGGUGUCUUGGUUAUGUUUGUGAUUUCGGAUAGAGAGUUCAUAGUAUUACUUUGUGAGUGUCUUGUUUCUUUUAUAAUCUAGAGUUUAUUACCCUAUUUUGUUGUUUGUUUUUAUAUUUUUUUUUGCUUAUUAUACUGUUAUUUGUCUUGAGCUGGGGUCUAUCGGAAACAACCUCUCUACUUCAUCUGAGGUGGUGGUAUGGACUAUGGACUGCACACACUUUACCCUCCCCAGAUCCCUUUUUGUGGGAAUACACUGGAUGUUUCAACGGAUGGGAUAUGGUGCUAUGUGGUGUUAUGGGUGGUUCCUCAGUCUUCCUCAUCUAAAAGAUGGGAAAGUUUGAAACAGCGCCUUCUAUCAGUUUGUCCAUCAUGCUCUGUUUCAUUUUAUUUGAACCAGCUGUCCCCACAUGCUAAUGCUUCUCCAGUUUAUUUAUUGACAUUCUGUAGCUCAGACCGAAGAGGAUUAUUACAUGAUGUUACCCAAGUUCUCUCUGAGCUUGAGCUUACCAUUCAAAGGGUAAAAGUGACAAAAACUCCAGAUGGCCGUGCAGUGGACCUUUUCUUUAUAACAGACAACUUAGAGAUGUUACAUACGCAAGCUAGGAAAGAUGAAACAUCUAAGCAAUUGCAUGCUGUUUUGGGCGAAUCAUGCGGUUUGGAGCUACAAUUAGCAGGCCCCAAGUAUGACAACCUUCAGUAUAUCUCUUCUCUUUCACCAUCUGUUGCUGAGGAAUUAUUUCGGUGCAAACUCGAAGAUAAUGUAUCUCAUGCGCAAGCACUUAGUUCAGAUAUGACAAAGUUGAAGAACGCUAGUGUAACAAUAGAUAACUCCCUGAGCCCUGCUCAUACAUUGCUUCAGAUUAGUUGCAUUAAUCACAAGGGUUUUCUUUAUGACAUUAUGCGGACACUGAAAGACUUCAGUAUUCAGAUUUGUUUUGGUCGGUUUUUACCUGUUAAUAAGGGUCAACGGGAGUUAGAUCUUUUUAUCCGGCAGAAGGAUGGGAAAAAGAUUGUAGAUCCAGAGAAUCAAGAUGCUGUCUGUUCUCGUCUGAAAGUGGAAAUGCUUCACCCUUUACGCGUUGUAAUAACAAAUCGUGGACCAGAUACUGAACUUUUGGUUGCAAAUCCUAUCGAGUUAUCUGGAAAUGGUAGACCACGUGUUUUCUAUGAUGUCACAUUGGCAUUAAAGACCCUUGGGAUCUGCAUCUUCUCGGCGGAGAUCGGUAGGCAAUGUACAGCAGAUCAUGAUUGGGAAGUGUACAGAUUCCUUUUAGACGAGGAUUGUAAUAUUGACUUGUCAACUAUGGUUGGUAGAAAUCAGAUUGUGGACAAAGUAAGAAGAACAUUGAUGGGAUGGUGAUUGGUGAGCUAGGAGUUUGUUCCUAAAGGCUUGCGUGUUAAGGAUAUUAGUGAUCCCUUUGUGUAGUUUAUUAAGUGUUGUUGUAUGUGCCUGAGCUUUUUAUUUGAUUGAUGGGGCUAAUACCGUUUCCACAGAUCCCAUUUGUAGAACUGCUACAAAUAUGUUGUUAUAGGGCUAACCAACAUGCAUCUUCUUCAUGCAAUUCGGUCCUUGUUCUGUUUUA